AUGGAGUUUGACGCCAGCAUGCCAACUCAAAAUAUUUGGUGUAGAUUGCAAGAGGAAACUAGGGACAAGAUUUUAGGACAUAAACUAAGAUACCAAAAUAAAUCAUUGCAAGCUACACUAUGCUGCUCACUUUAA